CCACGUUUCCCAGCAAAUGUGGCCGGUUCGGGCCGAGUGCUCGGAGGCAGGCUGCCAGGGAGAGCAGCGCGGCUGUGCUUCAGCCAUGAGCGGUUCGCCGGCAGCCAGCCCAGCUCCGGGCGAUCUGCGACCCGUUUCUCGCGGCAUCGUCAUCCUCCCCAGACCGCGGUCUUCCUCCGUCAGGUCCGCCUCCAGCUCCUCGGCCCCCUCGGCCCCGGACGAGCACCUCUCCGCGGCGGACGUGGAGCGGGCCCUGCAGCGCCGGGCGGCGGGCAGGCAGGACGCCCUGCGGAGGGCGUUCCGGGCCAGCGACCCCGAGGGCAGGCUGGCGGUCACUCCGGGCGAGCUGCGGCGCGUCGUGGAGAGCUUCCUGCUGCCGCUCACCGGGCGCCAGUUCCAGGCCCUGCUGGCCCAGGUUUCAAGGAGAUUCGAUGGAACUGUACCUUACAUGGAUUUCCUGGGUAGAUACUGCAGACCCUGGACUGUGAACAGCAGGUGCAGUUCGAGCAGAGCUAACCGGUCUAUGACUCUUGUGGAGUUACAGCGUCGGCUCAAAGAUAAGGUUGGUACCAAUUUAAGAAACAUCACAAGGGCCUUUCGACUCUUUGACUACAACCAGGAUGGCCUGAUCCAGCACCACGAGCUCAGGCGAGUUCUGGAGAGCUACUGCUUCCCGAUGAGCGACAAGGAGUUUGGCCGGCUUUGGUCCCAUUAUAGCCAGAAUAACUCGGGGACGCUGUCCUACAAGGAGUUCCUGGAGAAGCUCAGCCUCGGCACUGGGGACAGCAGACAGCCCGUGCCUGAGAGCACUCAGCUAGUUCUGAACUGGGAAGCUGUUCAUCGAGAUCAGGAGAACCAACUUCGAAACUCCACACAGAUGACCCAGUGCCAAAAUCCCCCCUGUGAAGGACUGACAUUUGACGACGUUCGGACGAGCUUCUGGAACAAAAUGCAGUUAAACCAUGAGAAUGUGAGAAGAGCCUUGCAUGCCUGUGAUGUGACUCAGAGGGGCUUUGUGUCCAUGGAGGACCUGAAGUCUGCUCUCAGUAACUUUCUCUUUCCCAUGAGUGAUGCCACCUUUCAGGAGCUCAUGACUCACUAUGGGUUCAGAGCCACGGACCAAAUUGCAUGGGAAGAGUUCUUGGCUCGCUUCAAAGACCCUGUGGCCAAUGCAAAUGGACAGACUUUGCCAAUAAUAACAAAUCACAGGGUGAAUCCGGUCCUGGGAGCAGGUGAGGAGCUCAGCUUGAGAGAGAUCCUGCAGAAAUUGCAGCAUCACGUGCAGGAAGCUUUCCCCUCACUGAAAAAAGCCUUUCUGUUGUUUGAUGAGAGUCGGGUUGGGAAGAUCGCUCGCAGAGAGAUGCGUCGGAUUGUGGAGAGUCUGACACUCAGGAUGACCAACCAGCAGUUUAAAGAGCUCAUGGUUUUGCUGGACCCUGAGCACACUGGCUUUGUUAGCUACCAUCGCUUUCUGGAGUUGUUUGAGGUGAAAGAGAAAUGGGAGGGAUACAAGUGUCUGAGUGGGGACACGGAGACACACCAGGGCGAAAAGGAACCUCCUCCGGACCAGACAUGGGACACUGUGGAGGGGCUGUUACGGGAUAAACUCUCCGCUCACUGGGACCAGGUCAGCGAGGCUCUCGAGUUCUACGACCCCAGCGACACAGGAAGUGUGACUCGGGAGGAGCUCCGGAAAGUCCUGCACACUUAUGGGUUACCUGUGUCCGACAGCCACUUUCAAAAGCUGUGUGAUUCCUGCAUGAGCUCUUCGUCCGGCGGAGUUCUCUACAGGUGUUUUCUGGAGAGUUUAGGAGUUCCUGCACAGCUUGGAGGCCCAGCUUCUGAAACAUUUAGAAAAGCUGAGGCAAGAAAGAGUGCAAGCAGCUCAGAAAGGAUAAAGCAGGCUGAUAAAGGAGCAGCUCAUUACGCUAAGAGCAGGGCUGUAGAGAAAAUUGUUAUGAAAAAACUUAAAGAGCGACUAGCCCAGCGGGACAUUUCCAUUCAACAGUGUCUCCUGAAUUCCUGCAAGGGGAGAGUCUCUAAAGAUGAUUUGAAAAAGGUGCUGGAAGACUGCAGCAUUAAUGUGGAUGAUGAACAAUUUCAAAUUCUCAUCGAAGCACUAGGGUUUAAGAAUGGAGGUCUGUCUUACUCCGAGUUUCUCACUAAAUGUGAAGGUCUUCAGGUUCCCAGUGGGAGUGCACCUCCUGCCUGCAGUUCUCACCACCACGCAGAUGGGAAACAGGUCCAAUACAUGACGGCGGAGGACUGCAUUGCUCAGAUGAAGGAAAGACUGAAUGGCAAGUCAGGGGAUCUCUUCUCUGCUUUCCACAAGAUGGACACGAAUCAUGAUGGCAUCGUCACUAUGCGUGACUUCCGAGAUCUGUUUGACAGUUUUUCGUUUAUCAUUAAAGAGAAGGAGUACCAGCGUGUACUGGGUCUGCUGGGACUGGGACCCGGGUCCACUCUGAACUUCCCUGAGUUCCUACGUAUGUUUCAGUCCCAGCAGAGGCCCGAGGGCACUCCCUGGUGGAGCUCUUCAAGCAGGCCCAAGCAGUUCCUAGAAGCUGAUCCAGAUCUGGUUUGUGAACAAGUCCAUAGCUACCUGGUUGCAAAGGCUCAGAGCAGGUGGCAUGACCUCUCACAGGCAUUUUGUGAAUUUGAUCAUGAUGGCAGAAGCAUCAUCCGUAAAAGGGAUUUAAGGGCCAUUUUAUACAGAUUUGUCCUGCCUAUCACACCUGCUGAAUUUGAAAAACUGUGGUCAAGGUAUGACCAAGCAGGAAGAGGUUACCUCACGCACUCUGAGUUCCUGGAGAAGCUGGGCUUGGAGAUCUCCUCGGUUGAGAGUGGCCCGACGGCGGACAGGGGCGUUGUAGAGCAGAAGUGCAUGAGCCCACUGGAGCAAAGGAAGAGGCAGCAGCAGAUGAGCAUGGGGACAGCACAGACAGCGCAGCUGGAACGAGAGCUGAAAGAUAUCAUCCGAGAUUUCUAUCAGGAUUUCAGUACAGCCUUUGCCAAACUGGACAGAAACAACGAUGGCUAUGUGAUGGUUCAAGACUUGCACAAAGUACUGAAGGUGCACAGCUACCAAGCGGAUGAAGUCCAGCUCAUCCAUCUUCUUAACAGACAUGGAAUCAGCACAGAUGAGGGCAAACUGUCCUACUUUGACUUUCUGCGAGCGUUUGAUGGCAGUGGAGCUUUGGAGUAUGGCCACAGACCAGAGCCAGCUGCUCGGAAAGAGAGCUUUGACGGAUACAGCCCUGAGAAGGCGUUAGCCAAAAUAAAAGAAAGGGUCACAGACUCAUAUGACACUCUUCAAAAGGCCUUCGCUGCCUUCGACACGAGUGGCAGUGGUACGGUCUCAGCCCUGGAGUUCCGCCGGGUCCUGGACCAGUUCUGUUUCAAGCUCUCCGACCAGCAGUUCAGGCACCUGCUGGGGAAGGUCAAAGUGAACAGAGACCGGACUGUGGAUUGGAAGGAUUUCCUCAGCUGUUUCAACUUUAUAAACCAGGGGACCACAGAUGAGUGGACAGAGAAGGUGGAGAAGUUCAGCAGGCCCAUCCAGACUCAGGCUUUGUCCAUGAAGGACAUUCUGAGCCGCAUUCAAGAAGUGGUGACUGCACGCUUGUACACAAUCAGCAGGGAGAUCGUGAAUUUGGACUAUGCUCACAUCAAUGUCAUUUCCAAAGAGGACUUCAGGGACAUCUGCCACCAGCAUUUCAUGCGCCUGACGGAUGAUCAGUUCAACGACCUGUGGAGCCAAUUGCCUGUCAAUGACUAUGGCAACUUGGACUACCGGGAGUUCCUGAAACGCUUCAGUGGAGAAGCACCCCCAAGCCCAGCUGGUAGAGACAGCCCCGAGAGGACAUCUCCCUUCCCUGCAGAGUGCACAGAUGGAACCCCAUCACCGGUCAGACGCCCCAAAACGGCAUCUUCUGCUAUUGGCUAUAAAAAGUCCAGGGAACUGGUAAGACGUCCGGCCACAGCAGGAGGGCGGUCAACACCCCUGCUGAACUGUGAGCCCAUGGAGCAGAAGGUGAAGGCAGAGGUCUACAGAUCCUGGAGGGCGAUCCUCAAGAAGUGCAGAGAAAGGGAUGCUGAGGGGCUUGGAGAAGUCAGUGUGCCUGAGUUCUUGGCUGUGAUGGAAAGCUGUGACAUUAAGAUGACCCCAGGAGAGUUUGGGCAGCUGGCGCUGAAGUAUGACAUGAAGAACAACAGCAGGUUCUCCUACACCGAGUUCCUUCGCCACUUUGUUCUCACCCUGAAGCCACAGGAGAAGAGCCCACUUGCGAGAGUCAGAGUCCAGCAGCCCCGAGUCCUGAGGAGUCCUGGGACGCCCAGCAGCCCGUUCGUGGAGGCCAUGCUCCGGAUCCAGGGCCAGGUGCUGCAGGCCUGGAGGCCCAUGAGGCAGGCUCUCACAUCCUGCGACAGAAGCAGGACCGGCUUCGUCUCACUGCAGGAUUUCAGGAAGGUGCUGAAGCAGCACAGUGUGAACCUGACGGAGGAAGAGCUGUUCCACCUCACCGCCUUCUUCGACAAGAGCCUGACGGAGAAAAUACCCUAUAAUGACUUCUUACGGGCAUUUUUAGGAUAAGAGCUCCUCCCUUCCCCGAAAUAAAAUGAUUUUAUUUUUCGAUA